GGCAGGCGGAGGAGGCAGCGCCAUGGCCCCGCGUGGGAGGUACCGGUGGGUGCUGCUGCUGUCCUGGCUGCCGGCCGGUUGCCUUUCCCUGCUGGUGACAGUGCAGGAUGUUGAACGUUAUACCACCUUGUUUGCCUCUGUUGUCCUCAAGUGUGACUACAGCACCUCAGCACAGCUGCAGGACGUGGUAGUGACCUGGCGCUUCAAAUCCUUUUGCAAGGACCCCAUCUUUGACUACUAUUCAGCCUCAUACCAGGCUGGUUUAGCUCUGGGCCAGGACCCCUCUGAUGACUGCAAUGACAGCCAGCGCAAGGUGCGCAUUGUCAUCCAGAAGUAUGGGCAGAAGGAGCCUGUGCUGGGCAUCGACUACCAGCAAAGGAAGAUCACCAUUCAGAACAGGGCAGACCUUGUCAUCAGUGAGGUGAUGUGGUGGGACCAUGGGGUGUACUACUGCACUGUGGAAGCACCAGGAGAUACCUCAGGAGAUGCAGACAAAGAAGUUAAGCUGAUUGUUCUCCACUGGCUCACAGUACUCCUCAUUGUUCUCGGUGGGCUCCUCCUCCUUCUGGUGAUUGGAGUCUGCUGGUGCCAGUGCUGCCCCCAGCACUGCUGCUGCCACAUCCCGUGUGUCUGCUGCCCAGAACGGUGCUGCUGUAAUGAAGAAGUAUUGCGACGGCAUCAGUUCAUGAAGCAGGCUCAGGCACUUGCACCCUGGAUGUCACACAACAUGUUCUAUGGAGGUGGCGAGAGGAACUCGCAACCUUCUUCUUACCAGCUGAACCCUCUACUGCAACAAGAUGUGUCUCUGCAAAGCAGUCUUCCACUGGUGCAGCCACAAGCUCAGAUUUCCCAUAACAAGGGUGUUUUGGACUACCUGGAGUCUGAAAUCCAAAACCUGAAGUUGUCACAGCUCCGGCCACCCUCCCAGCAGCAGCAGGCAGUGCAGCCCAGCUUGCUGUCCUCCCUGGGCUCCGAGAUAAUGCCACCUCCUCUUGCUGACCAUGUCUCCUCCAUUCAUGGAAGCAGCAACGCCUCACAUCCACAGAAAGCUGCCCGUACUUCCAGACCCUGGGACUCUGCAGCAGAGAACAGGCGGGAAAACCGGAGGUUGCCCUCGCCUUCUGGCAGAGAUUCCCACUCCGGCUACAGUCGGGAGCCCUGGGACAGGCAGCGAGAGGACCAUCCUCAGAGGCAGAGAACAGGUGGCUACAAUGGCAGGCCCCAGCACCCGAGGAGGGACGUGUCACCCCCACGCCAGGCUGAGAGGGGCAAGAGCAGCAGCAGCAGCUGCGUUUCCUAUCCCGAGGAGGCCAAGGAGCGCUCCAACCACCAUCGUGGCUGGCGACAGGAGCCCGCAGAGAGGCGAGAAUACCAGCACCACGCUGGGAGGAGCAACAACCCGGGCCAUCGGCGGCACAGCUACUCUCCCCCUUCUCGGAGAGGGUCAUGGAGCUCCUCAGAAGAGCCAGUCCCUCUCCCAGUGACAAACCGCAAGCAGCGGCGGCGCCGCCGGUCUCGGGAAUGGCCUGAAGACAAACCCCCCAGUUACCGCUCCUUAGAAGUUAUCCCGGGUCAAGAUAAGAAGAACAAAAGCAGUGCUGGGCCGCGCUCGGACAGAGGAAGUUCCCACAGUGGAAGAAGCAUAGUCAUUUAAUGCUCGUGCUGAAAGAACUAAGAUUCUCAUUGGACUCCUCUUAGCUUUUCUACUAUGUGGGAUGGGAUGGCUGUGUUUGAUUAAACAGACAACCAGUGAAGAUACAGAUGAAGCAGCUUCCCCUUCGACUUACAGUUCUGAAGAAUCUAUAUCUGUAUCUAGCAAUACAUAACCCCUCUUUAUUCUUGCUGUAGUUUGUAAACUUAGGUUUGCAGUGGGGUGUGCUAUGUUGAAAACAUUCUCGUGGAAACAUCUGAUUUUAUUUAGUAAAAUGUUGUACGCCCAGUCUUUAAAGAGAGAUACCAGUUGUCUUUGCUAGGUGCUCUGGCACUGCCAGCUCAGUCUGUGGUAUGCUGGUCCUUAUCAUGCCAGAUACUGGGAAUGGCUGCAGUGAUCACCAAGCUGUACAGUCACAGGACAGUAUAAUCUCUUGAGAUCAUCUGAUCCAGCCUCCUGGGAGUUUGAUGUAAGAAAGCACAGCAUCUCUUUUCUAAAGGCCCUCUGUUGUGCUUCAGAAUGUGUAAUUUUUGCUGCUUCUGCCUGGUUGCUCAGCAUGUUUGGAACAGUUGCUUUCUUUUGUGCCCAGUAAGCCUCUCUCCCAAACAGAAGAAUCACAGUGCUGGAAGGAUGUUUGACUGCCUUAAUAAGAGCUGACUAGCACAUCUGCAAAUUGCCAGCUUAUCAGCCCUGUACUGGCUGAAACAGCUUGCCUAAGCUUAGACUUUAAUGCCUUAAAAGAGACUUGUUCUAGCCUUUAACCCAGACUUGAAUUUAUUUGUAAACUUAAAGGGCUAAAUUUACCAAGUUUUGGCCAUCCCCCCAGGGACUGAACGAAGUAGGACUAUUGUGCCUCAUACCAUGGACCAGAAUUUCCUUCAGACUUGGAAGUGUGGCUUUGAUGGAUAUAUCUGUAAGCCAUGUACUCUUUUCCAUACUCUUUUUGUACUCCCUUUGCACUCCUUUCCAUGUAUCAUAUACAUGGGGUGGGGUAGUCUUACAGUCACCAUUUUUACUAUUGCCCUUGAUCUUUACUCUGACAAGCUCUGCAUAUGUGGUAUAUCUGAUCUGCAGCUAGAUUGCAGGGGUUUCUCAUCUCUUACCCUGCAAUUAGAACUUUUAUAUUCAAUUAGAAUUUUUAUAUGCUCUGAGACCAGUUGCAAAGGAGAAGAACUGUCCAUUUCUUCUUGAUGUUACUCAUUCACCAUUCUCACUUAAAAUGUGUUGGAAAAAAGAAGCUUUCUGAAUGCUGGCUGCUUCCACAGGAAACUGGCUUGCCAGAG